AUGAGCCGCUCCUCCACCACGAGCUCUUCUGGCUCGGGUGUCUUGAGCUGGAUCUCACCGCGCACAGCGACACUAACCAUUGCCGUGCUUGGAAUCCUGCUACAUCUCAACGUCUACUCUUGGCUAGGUGCGAUCAACUCGACGCUUCCCGAUGUGCCCAAUAGAGAUCUGGCACCCGCACCCCCGGCGUCGGCGGCGUUCGUACCCUCUCCCGACAGAUUCGUGCACUCGGCAGCCAAAGCGGACCAGUUGAUCGACUUUGCCGCACCAUCCACCGAAGCCGAGGGAGCAGAGAACAAAAACGUCAUUCUGCCGGAAUGGGUCGCAGAAGCCAAAGCUUACCUCAAGGCGCAAGGGCUCUCGUACAUUCCGACGCCAGGCGACACACCCACUCCAUCGAACAACAACGCAGCGGCAGAAAACGGCAAACCUGCCGACGUGAUCACAUAUGGUCGAUACGCAGACGCAUCCGACACCCUCCAUACAGGCUACCAGAAUCUGGACGAUGGCGCAGAGGACGUCGAGCGCAUGCAGUGGGAUGCCCUCAGACUCGUGAUCGGUACCAUGAGGUGGUACAUCUUGCUGAGCGUCAUCUGCUGUUGCGCGGGGAUCAUCGGCGUGGUGCGCUCUCAGCUCAUGCUUUCGAGACUGUUUCUGAUUCACUCGUUUCUCGACUUUCUCUUGUCGACGCUCUCGCUGUUGGCGGUGGCCAUCGUGUGUACCUACGCGAGCGUGCGUGCACACAUCUGUGACGAGUUCGGCUCCGGUGAACUGCAGGCAUGGCUCUCGAGCCAAACCAGCACAAUACCGGCAUUGGGCCCGGGCAACAGCGCACAUUCCGGCCCCCACAUAGCUCCAGCGGCAGGGUCAGCGAUAUCAGGCACGGCGUCUGAUGUCACUGUAGCAGCUUCAGGGUGGGAGACACUCCUAGACGAUGUCUUUGCAUCCGAAAACUGCGAGGAGAGUUUCAGGACGACUCUGGUGCCGCUGCUGAUGGUGUUUGGCCUGUUCUUCACGGCGAUACGCCUGCAGUGCUUCUUCUUGGUGCAGCGCUUCUAUACAUCUUUGCUGAGGAGCAAGGUGCUUCACUAUGGCUAUGACACAUCGUCAUCGGUGGAGUCCGGAGCUUCGACGCCGCUCAUGUCUCAGCAUCCCUGGGAUGUCUCGAGAAGGCGAAAAGAGUCUAAGCUUCUUGAAUAG